AGUUUAAGCAUAUUGCCGUAAAAUGUGAAAUUAGCACCGAAGCCACUUUUAUUGAUUAUGAUAAUCCUUUUCGCUAUCUUACAGGGAUAAAAAUUGAAGGAGGGUUUUUGGGAGCCAGAGAACCAAGCACCGAACAAGAAGCCCAAACCGACCGAAUAUUCAAAAGCACUUAUCGGAACUUUUUAGAUAAAAGCAUUGAACCUUCCCAAUUUAAUGCUAACACUAUCGACUUUCAUUAUUCCUUGGGAGACAAACAUAGGUUAGCUGCUAAUGGUUUAUCCGUCCAAUGGCACAAAUACGGCAAUUUUGGCACCAAAGAAGGAGGAGAAAAGUUAGACCAACCCGACUUCAAAUACCAACGAAGCACCGAUUAUAUUGCUUUGGGUUCAAAUGCUUGGGAUGAAGUGGAAACCGAAAUCCGAGAAACCGAAGAAUAUAACGAAGGUCAAGAAAACACAGGAGGAGAUACCGUAGCUCCAGCCAGCACUGCC